AUGCCUUCACAGCGAGAUCCAUCGGGGGGUGGCCCGAGCAAGGCGGCGGUGCGAUUCCAUGGCAGGAAGAAGAAGGGCAAUCAAUUACAGAAACCAUGGCUUUACGAUUUGGUCCUCUGGGCAUUAUCCAUUCUGAUAGACCUCUUCUUCCGCGAAGUACAUCCCCGAGGAGCUUGGAAAAUCCCCAAGACCGGCCCUGUCAUUCUCGUUGCAGCACCACAUGCCAAUCAGUUCGUCGAUUCCUUGAUCUUGAUGAGACUCCUCAAGAACGAAGCCAACCGAAGAAUUUCAUAUCUGAUUGCGGAAAAAUCCACCAAGCGCAAGUUCAUUGGGACUCUAUCUGCGGCGAUUGGAGCCAUACCCGUGGGCCGAGCCAUGGACAGUGUCAAGCCGGCCAAGGGCAAGAUUUUUCUUCCAGACCAAGAUAAUGACCCUACUCUCAUUCGCGGCGUCGGUACAGACUUUAAAAAUGGCGACUUUGAGGUAGGAGGACUGAUUGUCCUGCCCAAAGUGAGAGGUCAGACCCCCAGCACCGAAAUUGCCGAGAUCAUCUCGUCCACUGAGAUCCGUCUCAAGAAACCGUUCAAGACGGCGGAGGCAUUGGAAUCUCUGACCGGCACUGGGUCCCCGAACGAUGAUCCAAGCGAGCAACAGCGUGGCUGUUCCUUCAAGGUCGCUCCCUACGUCGACCAUUCCAAAGUAUACGACGCAGUCUUUGACGAGCUCGAAGAUGGUGGUUGCAUCGGCAUCUUUCCUGAAGGAGGCAGCCAUGACCGUCCAGAUCUGCUACCUCUCAAGGCGGGUGUGGCCCUCAUGGCUUUGGGGGCUGAAGCCAAGCAUCCCGGUUGUGGUGUUAAGAUCAUUCCAAUCGGCAUGAACUAUUUCCAUGCACACAAGUUCCGUUCGAGGGCUGUCAUCGAAUUCGGACAUCCCAUUGAAGUUGAUCCCGAGCAAGUCGAAAAAUACAAAGCAGGCGAACGCAGAAACGCGGUCGGCUCUCUACUCGAGACGGUCUUCCAAGGCUUGGUCGCGGUGACACAGUCCUGCCCCGACUACGACACCCUGAUGCUGGUACAAGCGGCGCGCAGGCUGUACAACCCGCUUGGCAAGAAGCUGCCCCUACCUCUGGUGGUCGAGCUGAACAGGCGUCUGGUCAAGGGCUACACGACCUACAAGGACGACCCCCGUGUCGUCGAGCUGAAAAAAGACGUUCUUGAAUACAAUCGUCAACUUCGAGCACUCGGCGUCCGCGACCAUCAAGUGGAGUGGGGCAAUCCUGCCAAACGUCCGUGGUGGCUCAUCCUUGGAACGCUAAUCUACCGACUAGGCGAGCUGUUCCUGUUGGGCAUAGGAACUCUCCCCGGACUGGCCAUGUUCUGGCCUGUCUUUGUUACCACCAAAGUCAUAUCCGUCCGGAAGUCCAGAGAAGCUCUGGCGGCAUCGACGGUGAAGCUGCAAGGGCGGGACGUUAUUGGCACGUGGAAACUACUUGUGGCCAUGGCGUUUGCGCCAGCGCUCUACAUCUACUACACCGUUGUUGUGUCGCUGUGGUUGGUCUACAAUCGGCGUGACGGCUAUUAUACUUACAGAGUUCCCUGGUGGAUGGUGGCCCGAACGUACGUGCCCGACUUCAUCCCCAUCUGGCUUUUCGCCGUGCUCUUCUUCCUUGUGUGUAUCAUGGUCACCUUUGCCGCUUUGAGGAUUGGGGAGAUUGGCAUGGAUGUCGCGAAAUCCUUGCCGCCGCUCUUUGUCGCUCUGAACCCACGAUCUUCGAGUCGGUUCGUGAAACUCCGGCAACGUCGGCAGGCGCUGUCAGAAAGGGUGACGAACGUGAUCAACGAGUUAGGGCCAGAAGUCUUCCCCGACUUCGAUGCCGCUCGGAUUGUGGCAGAUCCGUACAAGGAAGGAGUGUAUCAAUCCAAAUACAAGAAAAUGCCAGAGGAGCCGAGGAUCGACUCCGCAGAGCCUACGACGCCCACCUCGUCGGCUUUCGAAGAGAGAUCGCCGGACUCGCCGUCGGCAAAGAGCAUGUUCAGCUUGUUGCCGUCCAACGAGGCGUUCAGCAACAUUGGAGGAUUUGGGUUUUUCGCAUCGCGACCAACGACGCCAAAGAGUCGCAGCCGGAGUAGUUCUGCCGGCGGAGCUCUUACGUCUGCGAGCACUUUCAAGAUGACGAGCCUCGACCACGAUGAAGUCAGCAAACGCAUCCGCGGGGCCAUGCGUGAAAGAGGAAGAAAACGCGAAGGCGAGGGAGCGGAGACAGAGACGGAGAGCAGCUAUGACAUGGCGGACGAUGGCCGAAUGACCCCGGCAACCGAAGAUGAGGAGCCCAAGAAGGACAGGUGA